AGGAAUAAAUUUAUUAGCAAAAUACAUUACGAAUGCUUCCAAUCCAGCACAUAGUUUGAGCGAUUUCAAACAAUUUGGCCAAAUGAAAUUUUUCUAUUUUCUUAAUGAAUUUUGCAUCAAUUUUAAAUGGUUUUUAUUCGAUUAUUUGUCUUCAAUCGGUUUGACUUAGUUAAAAUAAAGUUCAGAUUUCAUAUGAGCCCAUGUGUUUUAUAACAUACUCAGACUAUUGUCUUUGAAAUUCACAAACAUCACAUAUAUUUCCCAAACUACUUGAGUUAAGUGUUUACAUAUUCUAAUUAAGCACAAUGAAAUUAAUGGGGCAUGUUCAUACUCAUAUUAACCUAGAGAAUCCAGUGUGAGUGAAAACAUGUGGUCAAAAGACGCAAACAGGUCAAUUUUCAAGUAACAUAUUUGUUUCCGACAGCAUAGACUUGUAAAAUAUUAGUAAAAAUUCGCAAAUUGUACGCAGUGUACUACUAAGUCACAAAUAUUGAAUUAUUUUGGCUCAAAAAGACCUCCGUUGCAAGUAAGAAUUCUACCAGUGUCUAAUAUAUGGUUUCGUUUUUUUGCCAAUAUUUUAGUUUUUAUAAUAAUUAGUAACUAUCCCCAAACAAUCUGCAAUUUUGGCGCAUUUUCUAUAUACAGAUGUGAUUUGAGUUCGUUUCUGAUCUAUGGGGUAUUAAAAAUGCGCUUCUUGCCAAAUAGUCGAUAUUCAUUAGACAAAUAAAAACAAAAUAUCACAUUUGGUGCAGGCGUGCGGCAAUAUUUCGGUACUACUUUGAUUAGUUGCAUUUUAAAAAACUACGCGUUAUUUUAUCAGGCAAACCAAUUUUGCUAAUAAUUAAAGCCAUUUCCUCAUCAAACAUAACUCGUAACUCAUUAGGUAAUCAAAUGGCAAUGGAACUCUUUAAUAUUAAUGGAAAAGUUGUUCACCAAAAGCUCUGAAAUAUUUAAUCAACAAAAAAAACGGGCGACGUUAUCUUAAUAAAUGUUUUUGCGUUUAUUGUCUAAUUUGCUAAGUCAUUCAACCAUCCGUCUUCAAAAUGCGUAGGCACGUUUUUCGUAUCUAGCUUUUUUUAAAUUACCUGGAAAUAAUUGUAAAUUCUCAAAUUACACUGAACUGCCAUCGAAUUACCACAACACAGGUGAAUUACACUAUUUUUUCUAGAAAAUGAUUCAGCGCACAAAAUAUCACCAUAUAAACUCUGCUCGUUCAACAUUCAAAAAGUGUACAAAAACAUUUUCUAGAUCGAAUGCGUACUGGAAUAAUGAGUUCGAAAUGUGAAUAAAUACACGAAAGGACUUUUUCUAAAAAAGUUUUCGCAUCGCGUUUGAACAUUCAAUAAAUCUUUAUUUACCAUCGUUUUUAAUAUUCAAUCAGUCUAAUAUGCAUUUUCCACUGAUAAAGUUAGUUGUUAAUGACACGCUCCUUAUUAAUUUCCUUCGAAAAAAAAAUCACACUCUCUCAAAGUUGACAAAGUCAUCAUAGAACGCCUGCACAUGUAAAGACGACAAAUUCAUAAAAUCCGCUUCAGUGGCUUAAAAGUUCUGAUCAGUAUUGAGUUAACUUUCCGCAGCGUCUUUUUGCAUUCCUUGUAGGAGAAUUCAAUAUAUUACCAGGGAUAGAAAUCCCAUUAGUGCAUAAAGUGCACUUUCCUGCUCUCCAUCUCCGUUGCAUAGCAAAUAAGGGUAAAAGUUGCAAAAGUUUUCGUACAGAACAAGGUCGCUGCGAUUCGUCUUAUCUCGUACCGACAGACCGACUUUUAUUCGCUUAAAGUUUUCCCGCCGACUGUCUACUCAGAUAAAACUCUUCUUGCAGGCCCGCCCUUACUAAAUGACAUUAGGGCGGAUUUACAUUUCAAGAUUGUCUCGAUAAGAAGAUUUAAAGCUGGAUACGAGUACUUAUUUUACUUUUUACUGUCUUCCUGUCCGCACUCCUUUUCCGCUCCAUCUAGAUACACUCUGGAAUUUAUUACCCCAUAAAUGGUGCUGGCGAAGGGUUGCAAGCAGAUUAUUUCUCACAAUCUAUAUGUGAAAGCAAGUGUAAACAGAUGAAAAUAUAACUUCGAUAGAUGGCUGAUGAUAUUGACUAUGUGCACUCUUAUUAACACACCCAUUCCGGUGUGAACGAACUGACUCUAGGGUGCAUGAAAUUCCCUAGUUUCCAGGACAACUGUCAGGUUAAAAUUAAAUCGAUACCCUUCUAACGACUCUCAGGUAUAGCUCGGUAACAACUAGACAAAAUAAUAAAAAACCAAACAAACUGUCUGACAAAACGAUUUAGUCGGAGCGAUAUCGUUCAACGAACGCUGUCACGGCCCUCCAUAGGACUGUACUGCGAAACAUGUUAAAUCCAUGCAAAGAAAGAGAUCCAACAGUUAUAGACAAUGCAUUAAUCGCCAAAUGCAUUGAACUACAAUAUCCAAAAGGAGAGGUGGGACGGUUACUUCGGUUAGAGGGAAUCCCAUUAGAAGAAGUUGAAGAAAUCCGAUUCGAAUAUCUUUAUAUUUUAAAAAUCGACCACCUCUGGGUACUGCAAUCCUUGGUUAAACUCAGCCUAAACAAUAAUUUCAUUGAGAAAAUAGAAAAUCUAGAAACACUCAUACAUUUACGAGAACUAGACCUGUCGUUCAAUAAAAUUCGCAAAAUUGAAAAUUUGGAAACGUUGAUCAAUCUGGAAAAGGUAACAUUUUACGAAAAUCUAAUUGAAACAAUUGAAAACUUGGACAAUCAGACCAAGUUAACUGUUAUCAGCAUUGGCAAAAAUAAGAUUUACGAUCGAACAUGCGUAAAUUACUUUCGAAGAUUUACAGCUCUAACUUCUCUAAACAUGGCAGGCAAUCCAUGUGCAGAAGAACAGGAUUAUCGGCUUUAUGUUGCUGCUUUCUUGCCCACUUUGGUUUACUAUGAAUACAAAAGAAUUGAUGAAGACGAGAGAAAACAGGGUAUAGAUCGAUUCGAAGAAACAUUAGGAAAAUUGGAAAGGGAGGAAAAUGAAGCACAAGAAAAACGAAAUGCUAUCGAGAAAGAACUAAGCGACGCCGAAAUGCAUUCGAAAAUGUUCGUGGAAUAUUUGAAUACCGGAAAAUUAUUUGAAAUGAUGUAUGAGAAGGAUGAGGAAGGUACGGCUUUACUGGAUAUCGGAGACGAAGUUUCGGAACUUUACGAAGAGUACAAGACACAGUUUAUCGAUCUAUGUAGACAAGUUUUUGAGGUGGGUCAAAAGCAUUACACAAUAAGGCAGGCCGAAGUCGAACAUUUUGGGAAAGGCAUCGAGAAAGCUAAGCAAGACAAUCAGUAUGAAAGUAUUGGAUAUAUGGAAUCAUUCUUGGAAAGCAAAGAAACUUAUUUUUCAUCUAUCAAAGACCUGAAGCUGCAAUUGGAACACGACGCAAUUACUGAAGAUGUUUUCAAAGGCAAAAUUGAAGAAAUUUGCAUUACGUUUGACGAGUUGAUUCAUUCGACUUGGAAAAACCUAAUGAGAUUGGAAGUUACGUUAUUUGAGCAAAUCGAAGAGGUCAACCAAACUUUCGAACAAACUCUCGCCGAGAUGAUAAAUACUUUCAUAGAGGAGGUUCAAGGCGUGUUUACGAAUGUACGGGCCGCCGAAGUGACCUUUUCCGAAAAUAUGAACGAUGCUGCAGUUAGGUUCAUGACAGCAGCAAAUGUUAAUCCAGACGAAGACAUCCCAGAAUCAUUGAAGGAUAUUCUUAUUGAUCGGGAUACACUUAAUAAUGCAAUGGCAGCCACGCACGAUGUCCAUAUGCAGAACAUUGAUGCAAGAGAAGAUCAACUGGUGCAUAAAGCUAAGGGAUGGCUGGAAAACUUAAGCGAGAAGCUUACGAAAGACGAAAUUAGAAGAAAUAGGUACAAGCUGCUCGAAAUUAAUCAUUUCCUGGACAUACAACGAGAAGAGCUUGAGGAACUCACCGCUGACCAAACUUCUGUGCCCAAUCCUGACAAUUACGAUUUUUAAGUGUUUUCUCUGUAAAUGUAAUUAACAAAUAAAGGAAACGAAUGCAUGUUAUCAACAUGGAACACGGCUAAUUCACUAUAA